ACGGGGAACUUAACAAAGCGGCAGCCACUUCACCACUUGCUGGAGCUUGAAACAGAGAAGCAAAGGGGACAUGUGACCUUCUCUUGGACCCCCGACACACACAGGUCCCGAAGACCUCAGGGAGAAGUUGAGAAAUGUGCCGGCCACCAGGUCAUCUAGUCUACUUACCAGGAUCACAGAGUUGCUGUGUAAACUGGACCCCUGCUGCCCACCCUCCCGACUCCCCCCCAUUCUAGGAUCAUGGCAAGUGCUGAGCACCCUGGGAGCCCUGGCUGGACGGGAUCCAUGACCCAGGGCAUGGCGAGGACCAAGCAGGAAGCACCUACCACUGGCCCAGACCUCCCACGUCCAGAACCUGAAGGAUACCUAGGUGGCCCCAGUGGCCAAAGCUCCAACUCCAGCAUGACCACACGGGAGCUGCAGGAGUACUGGCGGAGUGAGAAGGGCCACUGGAAGCCCGUCAAGCUGCUCUUCGAGAUCGCCUCGGCCCGCAUCGAGCAGAGAAGGGUCUCCAAGUUUGUGAUGUAUCAGAUCGUGGUCAUCCAGACAGGCAGCUUCGACAGCAACAAAGCUGUGCUGGAACGGCGCUACUCGGACUUCGAGAAGCUGCAGAAAAGCCUGCUGAAGUCCUACCGGGAGGAGAUCGAGGACGUGGUCUUCCCCGGGAAGCGCCUGACGGGGAACUUCUCGGAAGAAAUGAUUGGCGAGCGCAGGCUGGCGCUCAGGGAGUACCUGCGCCUGCUCUACGCCAUCCGCGCCGUGCGCCGCUCGCGUGAGCUCCUGGACUUCCUCACACGGCCGGAGCUGCGCGAGGCCUUCGGCUGCCUGCGCGCCGGGCAGUACGCGCGCGCCCUGGACACGCUGCUACGCGUGGUGCCGCUGCUGGAGCGCCUCACGGUGCACUGCCCCGCCGCCCCGGUGCCCGCGCUCUGCGCAGUCUUUGUGUGCUACCGCGACCUGGAGCGCCCCGCCGAGGCCUUCGCGGCCGGCGAGAGGGCCCUGCGGUGCCUGCAGGCCCGGGAGAGCCACCGCUACUACGUCCCUCUGCUGGAAGCCAUGGUGCGCCUGGCCUACUCGCUAGGCAAGGACUUCGCGUCGCUGCAGGGGAGGCUGGAGGAGAGCCAGCUCCACAGGCCCAGCCACCGUGGCUUCUCCCUCAAGGAGCUCAGUGUGCGAGAGUACCUGUCCUGAGAGCCAUCUCCACUGCGGUGGGCUGUCUGGGGCUCGGUUUAAAGAGAGAGGCACCAGGGGACUCUGACUGCUGGGUGAGUUUGGACCAGCCUCUACCCUGAUCUGCAUUGAACGGAGGGGCCUGCUUGUAUCUCGUGCCCCCUGCGUGCCAGCUCAGUUCAUCUCAAAACCACAAACCCCGCAGUCAAUUCUGGAGAGUAAUUAGAACCUUUUCUGUGUUUUUAUGGAGAGUGGCAGGAGAUGUUUACAUCCAGAUUAAAACAUAGCUCAAUCCAUGUCCCGGAAGACCCAUGUCUCCAGCCGUGCUGGGUCUUUCCAUUGCUCUUAAUGUCUCAGUAUUGCUUAUAAAUAGUCUCUCCCUCCCUGUGUGGUGGUGCAUCCCUGUAAUCCUACCACUCUGGGACGAAGAGGCAGGAGGAUUGUGAAUUCCAGGCCAGCCUGGGUUACACAGUGAGACCCUAUCUCAAUAAAUGAAUAGUCCCACUCAUCCUAAUAUGCUAGUGCUUCCCCUUAGCAUGUAGACAGUCAAAAGCUCACCUAUUACCCCCCAAGGACAGCUUCUCCCCCUCAACACCAGCUGGAGGCUAUGUGUUAUCCUUUGAGGAGCAGGAGGCCAAAAAGCAAUAAAUAGCACCAUAAGAUUCUAUGACAGGUAUUUUCAGCAAGGUAAGGGGCCAGUGAUAUCCUGUCUAGGGUGCAGUGACACAGAACCUAGGGCUGGACUUUCACUCACAAGACAGCUGCUCUUUGCAUGGCUUCCCUGGAGGGAGGAAGAAUGAGGUCUGUCAUGAGAUUCAGUCCUCAAGGACCUCCCCUUUUGAGGGUCAAUAUUCCUGGAACCUCUCUGACAAGCUGAGGUGGCCUUGAUUGAAUUCCACUGUCAGAAAAGAAUGCAGCACCAACCCCAGCAUGAAGAGGAGUCUGGCCCAGUGGGCUGAGUCUGGGCCAGUAUAGGCCCAGUGUGUGUUUGAGGCUGAAAGCCCCUGAAAACCUGAAGCACUGGCUGAGCUUCUCGGGGUGUGACUUGGAAACAGGAAUGUGGGGUACCACUUUGGUCUGUGCAGUAGUCUGGUCAAGGAAGAAAACCAAGCAAUGGAGUAGAAAUCAUUCAGAAAACCACAUUGGAAUCUGUUUAACAGCGACACUGUGUGGUGACCUCUGUAGGGGCCUUGCUGGGCCCUGUCGUGGAAGUGGACCCCUCUGGACAAGGCAAGCUGAAAGUCUCAGUUUACUCCUAGAAAAGCACCUUCAAGCAGGAGAGAUGAGAUUGCUUGAAAAGCUGGGCUCAUAGAAAAUUAUACUCUACUUGGAAAAAUAAAAGCUGUAAGCCUGUUUGUAAUGGUGAAACAGA